AUGGGCAAAAAGAUGUUAAUUGGAUUAGCAGGCUAUCUGACUGGAUAUGAUGGUACCUUCCCCUUUAAGAAACCUGGAGACAAGUAUGAGCACCACCACUACUAUGGCAUGAGAGCGCUCUGUGCAACCUUGGGUUCCUCUCUUGUUCCCUUUGCGUAUCUCAUUGUUUUGGAGCUGACCAGGUCACUUACUGCUGCACUUCUUGCUGCUGUUAUUUUGAUAUUUGACACGGGAUGUAUAACUAUUUCACAGUACAUCUUGUUGGAUCCAAUUCUAAUGUUCUUUAUUCUGGGAGCAGUGCUGAGCAUGCUUAAGUUCAACGCUAUGAAGGACAGGCCCUUCUCUCUACCUUGGUGGCAGUGGUUGAUACUGACAGGAGUUAAUAUUGCUGGAGCCCUUGGAGUAAAAUUUGUUGGAAUCUUUGUGAUCCUCCUCAUUGGAAUUAACACUGCCUGUGACCUCUGGCAUCUUCUGGGAAUCCUUGACAUUUCUCUGGUUGAAUUUGGAAAACACUUGUUAGCUCGGGUUUUGUGCCUCAUUCUCCUGCCUCUUGUCUUCUACACAACCUUGUUUGCGAUUCAUUUUAUAGUUUUGAAUAAAAGUGGUCCUGGUGAUGGAUUCUUCAGCUCUGCAUUUCAGUCUCGUCUGAUUGGUAACAAUUUACACAAUGCAUCAAUGCCAGAGCAUAUUGCUUAUGGAUCAAUAAUUACAAUAAAGAACGUGCGAACUGCAGGUGGAUAUCUGCACUCUCACUGGCAUCUGUAUCCAGAAGGCGUCGGAGCACGACAGCAGCAGGUUACAGCAUAUUUACACAAGGAUGAUAACAAUCUUUGGAUUGUUAGGAAACCUGAUCACACCACAGAUACGGAUGGUCCUGCCCAAUAUGUUCAACAUGGUGAUGUAUUCAAGCUUGAACACAAAGAAACAUCUCGGAAUAUGCACAGUCACCAGCAUGAGGCACCCCUGACCAAGAAGCAUUUCCAGGUCACAGGAUAUGGAAUAAAUGGGACUGGAGAUUCGAAUGAUUUCUGGAAAAUUGAGGUGAUUGGUGGACAGAAUGGGGAUCUGAUUAAAGUCCUAAGGAGUAAAAUUCGAUUAAUCCACGUGGCGACUGGCUGUGUCUUGUAUUCUUCUGGGAAGUCCUUGCCCAAGUGGGGAUGGGAACAGGUUGAAGUCAGCUGUAGUCCUUACCUUAAAGAAACCCCCAACUCAUUGUGGAAUAUUGAGGAUCACAUUAAUUCCAAAUUGCCGAAUAUCAGCCUGGAAGUGCUGAAACCCUCAUUCCCCGAGAUCCUGCUGGAAUCGCAUGUCGUCAUGAUACGGGGUAACAGUGGCCUAAAACCUAAAGACAACGAGCUCACUUCAAAACCCUGGCAUUGGCCAAUUAAUUAUCAGGGUCUUCGUUUCUCUGGGACAAAUGAGACUGAAUAUCGAGUUUAUUUAUUAGGAAAUCCUGUGAUUUGGUGGCUGAACCUCUCAAGCCUCCUUGUCUACAUGCUUCUCUUCAGCAUUACAGUUGUCUACUUACAGCGAGGUUAUCAGCCAAUUCAUUUGGUCAGAGAGCGUUGUUGCAUCAUUCUGAGUACAGCCAGGCAUGUGUUGCUGGGUUGGAUCCUGCAUUACUUACCGUUCUACCUGAUGGGCCGAAUUCUCUACUAUCAUCACUAUUUCCCAGCAAUGCUUUUUAGCAGCAUGUUAACAGCAAUUACUUGGCACAUUCUGCUGCAAAGUUCUGACCUCCUCUUCAGCCAUCAAACAGCCCAAAAAGUUUACACUGGUGGAGUGAUGUGCUUGAUCUUUGCCUGUGUGUACAGCUUCUACCUGUUUCAUCCUCUGUCCUAUGGGAUGAUUGGCCCACAUGCUCAAGAUCCUCGCAGUCCAAUGUCAGGGUUGAGGUGGAUGGAGUCCUGGGAAUUCUAACCUCACUGAGGUCAGGCACGAGUCACGGCAGCUGUUCAGUAUCUCUGCUGUUGGAGUGCACAGUCUUGGAUCAAAGAUUUUGUGAAAAGAGGAACGGGGUGACUUGCUUUGCCAAACUUUUGAUAAAUUCUUGUCACCUUCCACACAAAUGAUGCAGUUAUUAAACAGACAAAUGUCA